CAUGGCGGUUCUGUUGCUCGCUUAGAGUGUAGUGGAAACCGCGACAAAGUUGAGUUAGUUUAGGUAUAUUUCAGUAGCAGGGAGGAGGCAUAUUCACACAGAUUAGUGUCUGUAAACUGCACGUAUCGGCUGGUGGAAAUGAAGGGGAAAGAACGAUCGCCGGUGAAGAAACGCUCCCGGGCACCAGAUGAUAGCAGAGACCGAGGAGGAAGCCACCCGAGCGGCAAGAAGACGGGAACCCUGUCGACGGUUGGAAGCAACAACGGCAACGGCUCUGCUCAAAGAAGAACUUUGCACAGUGAUAAAAGAGACAUGAGGGAUUCAGACGGACACAAUUCAUCCAGUCGGGCUGGUUGCGGCUACGACUACGGAGUUAUUUCGGUGAACAAGCCGUACGGCGGCGCUGACAUCGCCGCGGAAACAUCCAGGUCCGGUUCACGCAGCGACACUCGGCCUCCGUCAAACCCCGAAAGUGAGUACAAGACUCUCAAAAUAAGUGAACUGGGCUCUCAGCUGAACGACGAGGAGAUAGAGGACGGACUGUUUCAUGAGUUUAAGAGGUUUGGGGACGUGAGUGUCAAAAUUUGUCGAGAAAACGACGAGAGGGUGGCGUUUGUGAACUUUAGGAGGCCCGAUGACGCCCGGGCGGCCAAGCACGCCCGCGGGAAGUUGGUGCUGUACGACCGGCCUCUGAAAAUCGAGACGGUUUACAUGAACAGACGGAGAAGCCGCUCCCCUGUUUCAAAAGACGGUUUCCCUUCAGGCCAGAGGCAUCUCCACUCCCAGAGACCUCUCUCUCCCACUGGUUUGGGAUACAGAGACUACCGGUUACAGCAGCUGGCGCUGGGCCGUCUCCCCCCUCCCCCUCCCCCACCUCACGUAAGAGAUCUGGAAAGAGACAGAGAGUUUUCAAUGUACGAUGCCAGGAAUAGACCCCCCUUCAUCCCUGAAUGUGCUGUUUACCGUGAGGAGGACCUGAUGAACCCUGAGGAUGACCAGAGGGCGAACAGGACUUUGUUUCUGGGCAAUCUGGACGUCAGUGUGACAGAGAGUGACCUGAGGAGGGCCUUUGACAGGUUUGGGAUGAUAACAGAGGUGGACAUAAAGCGGGCAGUGAGAGGCCAGAGCAGCACCUAUGGAUUCAUCAAGUUUGAGAACCUUGACAUGGCUCAUCGUGCCAAAUUGGCCAUGUCGGGGAAAGUGGUGGGCCACAACCCGAUUAAAAUCGGCUAUGGUAAACCUACUCCCACGACCAGGCUGUGGGUGGGUGGCCUUGGACCCUGGGUUCCACUCGCUGCACUGGCCAAGGAGUUUGACCGCUUUGGCACCAUCAGGACUAUAGACUACAGGAAAGGUGAGGCGUGGGCUUACAUCCAGUAUGAAAGUUUAGAUGCUGCUCAAGCUGCAUGUACUCACAUGAGAGGCUUCCCUCUCGGUGGCCCCGACCGGAGACUCAGGGUGGACUUUGCGGACACAGAGCACCGUUACCAGCAGCAGCAGUACAUGCAGCUCCCCCUUCCCCUGCCGCACUAUGACUUAGUUCCCGAACCCUUUGCCCACCGCCUUACUGACUCAGUGAGAGUGAGAGAAAGAUCCCCUCCACUUCCUGCUCGCUUCAGAGACAGAGAUUUAUACACCAGCGCUGAAUGGUCUGGCCUGGGUGUCCACGACAGAAUCCGAGGGGCAGGCUUCGACCCCAUAGAUCGUCUGGAGAGGCGUUCCCGUGAGACCUGGUCAGUCGAGCGUGAGUUCCAAAGUAGAGAUCUAAGCCGCAAAAGGAGACAUUUGGAUGAUGGCUGCCGGCUGGAUCACUCACCUGACAUCAGUGACUAUAGCAUGCGGCGUCAUGGUAGCUCAUUAGAGCGCAGCCCUGGAGGGAGCAGCCGAGAUGGGGGACGCUACAGUGAUCCUGAACGCCUGCCUCGCUCUGGCAGAACCUCCCCCAUCAGAGAGCGCCAGGAUACUGGCUUUGGGGGCAAGAGAAGAAAAACCCUUAGCCCGGCUGAGCCAGGCUCCUGCUCUGAGAAGGACCACAAACGCAAGGCCAGUGACUCAUCUAAGAGCCCAGCGAGAAAGGAGGAUCGCUCAGGACACCCUUCCUCCUCUUCCUCCAAAUCUGGCCAGCAGGCUAAGCCGGCAGCUGGAGGCCAGAAGCUGAGUCAGGCCUGGCAGGGUGUCCUCCUGCUGAAAAAUAGCAGCUUUCCCACAUCACUGCACCUGCUGGAGGGAGACAUGGAGGUGGCUACCAGCCUGCUUGUGGAGGGCACCACAGGAGGUCAAGUGUCCCAGCUGAAGAUCAGCCAACGCCUGCGCCUGGACCAGCCUAAGCUAGAUGAGGUUUCUCGUCGCAUCAAGGCCGCCGGCUCCAGCGGAUACUCCAUCCUCCUGGCCGUGCCGGGGAAAUCUGAAGAUGGAGGUGCACAGGAUGCCAGCAACUCCACCGAGAGGCCACUGAAGAACCUGGUCUCCUACUUGAAGCAGAAGGAGGCGGCCGGCAUCAUCAGCCUUCCUGUGGGAGGCAGCCGUGACAAGGACCACGGAGGAGUCCUUCACGCUUUCCCCCCAUGCGAGUUCUCGCAGCAGUUCUUGGAUGCCUCUGCCAAAGCCUUUGCCAAAUCAGAGGACGACUACAUGUUGAUGGUCAUUAUCAGAGGAGCAUCGUGAAAAAAGUUCAAAUUGUAAAUGUCACAAUCUCAUAAACUGUUAAACUGUGAUUUAUAAAAGCAGGGAGAGGUUAACAAAGCAGAGGACCAGCUAGAUUCUAUCUCAUCCUGCUGAAGGGUCAUAGAAAUGACAGUCACAUUGAAUUGAAUUAAUUUUGAUGAGUUGGAUUUGAUUAUUGAUACAGGUGACUUCUGCCAGUUAUCAGAUACAUGUACAUUACUUGAAGGGUACUCUGCUUCAGAGCAAGUAAUUCAAAGCAAGUUCUACAGUUCUGUGAAUCAAUACUAUAUGUUGCCUUAUCUUAUUUCAAAAGAAACACAUUUCCUUCAUGUCCUUUCAUGCAAUGCCUGCCUUUAACAGAAAAGGAAUUUAAGAUCCAAAAGAGAGUAUUUAGCCUUCAUUUUAUCUGUACUCAGCAUAGAUUGAAAUGGUCAGUGUCAUCAUGUUUCUAGUACUGUAAUUUGUACAGCCAACCUAUGACAGAAUUAAAACAAACUCAUGUACAUAGAAAUUUUCUCUUGAUUAUGGAAAUAUGUUUGCUCUAAAGCUUUACCCAUUACUCAUUAAUAGGUAUAUUCCAGAUGUGCAUCUGUAUUACUUUCUGCUGACCCAGUAAACAUUUUGAAUACUUCCUAAUUCAAAGUUUCAUGAUGACAGCUUUUCUAUUUUUGCCAGUUUGGGCUAGAUCAGCUUAAAGCUAAAGAAAAGUCGUGGAAAAAUGGACUCUUCUUUCUUAAUUUACUUUUGGAUAUGUUAAAAUACAUACAUGCAAGCCUUAAGGGUCAUAGUGUAGUGGAUUACAGUAAUAUUAAUGCUCCUUUCUGAGCCACGUCUGGAGGUUAUGUGACAUUACAAGGUGAAAUGAAUUCCUGUCUGUGUUUCAACACCAGUACAUGUAUGGAGGGGUGGACACAAGCAGCUAGCACCUGCACAUUAUAAUGCAGUUAAAUACAAUAAUAAUGAAAAGAACACAGCAUUUAUGAAGACAACUAUAUUUAUUUUUUGUUGAAAUUAUGUUAUUUAGGAGACUUGAAGAUCUGUGUUUAUUUCGGACCUGAAGGUGUUGUAUUGAACUGCAUUAUGUUAUAAUAUUUAGUGCUGAUAUAUGUAUUAUUGAUUAAGCUAUGCUUUCUUGAUUAAUCAAUUAAAUAUUUGUAGAACAACAGAAAAUAAUGACCAAAAUCCAUAUUUACAGAAACCAUUCAGUGUGCUGUGAUUUAAGAUGAGAAAAUAGGCAAAUAUACACAUUUGAGAAUCUAGAACCACGAAAUGUUGCAAUUUUGCUUGAAAAAUUGACAAAUUUGUCAUCCAAGUAUCAGAUUUGCUGCUUAUUAAUUAUUUGUCAAUCAACUAAUCAUUUCAGCUCUAAAUAUUAUUACUGUGGAGUUGAAUCAGCUCCUCUUAACCUAAACAAAUCUGAACGUUAACGGCUGUAAAAAGCUAAUAGGUCUGUUUUGAGUGGCAUUAUAUUGUAAAGGGUUGCUGUUGUGUCCGUCCCUUUUAUGUUGUACUUUUAUUGGUAUCAUAUUCAAUUUGGUUGAACAAUGAUUGGUUGAUUAAUUUAUUCACUUUUCCAUGUUAGAAUCCACCAAGUACAAUAACUACCCCAACAAAGCAUGUACUGUUGAAAAAAGAUGAUGUAACCUCUAAAUUAAGUGCUAUAUGUAUGCCAUGCAGAUCUCUAAUAACUGACCAGGAGUCAGUAUGUAGAAAAUAUUGCUAUGCUAUCAGUGGACUGUGAUAAAAAACCUCGGAAUGAAUCGUAGGAGAGAAGGCCGCCCUCCGGUGGCCUUACACGCCUUCCUCUGAAAGGACAGUUAAUUAUGGUUUUCAUGGUUUGAUUUGAGUUCUGUGUUUCAAAUGGAGAGAAAAAAAGAUUUGUAUACUCAGGAUAUCUGGAGAGAGAAAUGGAGAACAUCAGUGCUCAUGGGCCUAGGAAAUAUACCUGUCAGAAAAAAAAAAACGCCAAGUGCAACAUGCACUUGAUUUUGUCUCAAUAAAUUUACUCUUUCGUGGGAAACACACGUGCCUCGGAAGACAACUUUUGUGACCUUUUCUGUUCUUGGAAUUGUCUAUCAAACUCUAAAGGCUUUAUCACUUUGACAGCA